AUGACUACCAUCCGCCCUGAUGUCACCCCUGACUCGCCCGUGGACGAGCAACCCGCGAUCGGGCUCAUCGGCGUCGGCGCCAUGGGCAGUAUGUAUGCGCGCCGCCUUUCCGAAGCAGGCUGGAAAAAAAUCUACAUCUGCGACUUGCCGGCAAAGUACGAAGCGCUGCAAGCGAAGUUCGCAGACGUCCCGGGGGUGCAUGUCCUGAAAGACGGGCACUUGGUGUCCCGUGUUUCGGACUUCAUCAUGUACAGCGUUGAAGCUGAAUUCAUUGACCGUGUCGUGGCUGAAUACGGACCGUCAACGAAAGUGGGCGCGAUCGUGUCUGGCCAGAUUUCGGUAAAGGCGCCUGAAAAGGAGGCGUUCGAGAAAUACCUUCCUCAAGAUGUGCACAUCGUCUCUUGCCACUCUCUCCAUGGCCCCACUGUCUCCACCGUUGGACAGCCAUUGAUCCUCAUAAAACACCGAGCCUCUGAUGAUCAUCUCAAACUGGUGGAGGGCAUCUUCGCCUGCUUGAAGUCGCGCUACGUCUAUCUUUCGUACGAAGACCACGACGUCGUCACAGCAAACACCCAGGCUGUAACGCACGCCGCAUUCCUCAGUAUGGGUACAGCCUGGCACUCCUCCUCGUCUUACCCCUGGGAGCACGGGCUCUACGUCGGCGGGAUCGAGACCGUGAAGGUGAACAUCAUGCUCCGCAUCUACAGCAACCAAUGGCACGUCUACGCCGGCCUCGCCAUCCUCAACCCCUCCGCCCGGACGCAGAUCGACCAGUACGCGCGCUCGACGACGGACAUCUUCAAGCUGAUGCCGCGCACGGGCCCCGACGGCCGCGCGAGCCCCGCGGGCGGCGCGCCCCCGAACUCGCACCUCUCCCUGCUCGCGAUGGUCGACUGCUGGGCCGCGCUCGGCACGCGCCCGCUCGAGCACCUCGAGCUCGCGGCGACGCCGCUCUUCCGGCUCUGGAUCGGCGUCGCGGCGCACCUGUUCCGGAGCCGCGCGCGGCUCGACGCGGCGCUCGCGGCGGCGCUGCACAACACGACGCACCGCGCGGACGACCUCGAGUUCGUCGUCGCCGCGCGCGGGUGGAGCCAGUGCAUCAGCUUCGGGAGCUUCGCGCUCUACCGGCAGCGGUUCGGGCACACCGCGGCCUUCUUCGAGAGCCGGUUCGAGGAGGCGACCAAGGUCGGGAGCGCGAUGAUACAGGCGAUCAUGGAGCAGGACCUGUUGAGCACCUCUGCUGCUGCGGGCACGAAUUGA